CAUAUAUUGCGCAGAUUCCGUAACUUGGGUGGGCUUAGUCACCGCCGCCGUCACCACCGCACUCACAGCGUGCAGGACGAUGCGCAGCAAGAGACGCGGACAAACAGACGCGUAGCGUGACGUGGUACGUGCGAGGCCACUCAGUGGCGCUCCGCCGUAUCAGCGGCGCAGGCGCCGGCGCAGUGGCACGCGGCAGGCACAGGCGCCGCCAGUCAGUGCCGCUCCGACAAACUGCCAGCAUGGCGGCGCCCGCGCACGACGACCCGCCCGGCGGACCGCAUCCCGUCUCUGCCAUGCACUGGUGCGGCUGCGAGGCGUGCGGGCACGGCUGCGGCGAGGCGCGCGGCGCGGACUGCGCCCGCGACCAGGCGCCGGGCGGGGACGACCUGUGGCGCGUGGCGCUGGCCGAGUGCGCGGCCACCUCGCUGCUGGUGCUGCUGACGUGCACCGCCACCUGCGCGCCCUCCGCCGCCGCCUCGCCGCUACAGCGCUCGAUCGCCUCCGGUUUUGUCGUCGCCUUGCUCGUACAGUGCCUGGCGCACGUGUCGGGAGCUCAGAUGAACCCGACGGUGACGUUGGCGGCGCUAGUAUGGGGCCGCAUGUCGCGGCGGCGUGCGGCGUGCGAGAUGCUGGCGCAGCUGGCGGGCGCGGUGCUUGGCGCCGCCGCACUGCGCGCGCUGCUGGGGCUGCGCGCCGCCGAGACCUGCGCUACCGUCCCCGUCGCAUUCAUCGGGCCCUUCCAGGCGGUGGCGCUGGAGGCGGCGCUGGGCGGCUGCCUGGCGCUGGCCAACUGCGCGGCGUGGGACGCGCGCACCGCCGCACUCAAGGACUCCUGGCCGCUGCGCAUCGGUGUCUCCGUCGCCGGCCUGUCGCUCGUCGGCGGCGAGCUGACGGGCGCCAGCAUGAACCCAGUGCGGAGCUUCGGCCCGGCGUUGUGGAGUUCCACCUGGACGAGUCACUGGGUGUACUGGGUGGGCCCGCUCGGUGGGUCCGUGCUGUUCACGAGCGUGUACCUGCGCGCCUGGCGCCCCGCCGCCGCGGCGCCGCGCAAGCUGCCGGCGCAACCCUAGUCCGGCCGACGCCUGGCGCCCGACACGUCGACUCGCCGCGUCCGCGUCGCCCCCAAGCUGGUGCAGUUCUAUUCUGCCUAGCGCCC